AUGGUGACCCUGCACGCGGAGCUGGAUGGUAUGGUUAACGUGUAUACGACGGAUCAUCGCGGCACGGGACGCAGCACCCUGCUUGAUUGCGUUGCGGCCCAGGUUACCUCCACAGGUUCCCCUUGGAACAGUACAGUUGACCCGUCGGAAGUACCUGCAUGCGCCAAAGACUUGCAGAGCAAAUACGGCGACCUUGCGUCCUUCUCCGUGACGACAGCUGCAACGGAUAUCGCGACUUUUAUCGCCAAAUUUACAAACGGGGCUGAUACCAUUGUGUAUGGCGUGAGCUACGGCACAAUGUAG